ACACACCCAUGACCCGCUCCGAGAACAGGAGCACACCGCCCCCUAGCAGACACCACAGGAGAAGGCCCUAGCAUAAAGGUAUCGCAAGAGACCCAGAGUAUGCCGAGAUGUUUAGGCUUAUGAGCACUUGUGGCCAUCUCCUGAACUAUGUGCAAACUUAUGAGAGGGAGUACAUGGAGGGCAAACUGAACAGCGUCUCCCUGCUGGUUCUUCAGAGUGGUGGCUCUAUGACCAUAUCAGAUGCUAGAAAGGAGCUCUGGAGGCCCAUUGACAAGUGCAGGAGAGACCUGCUGAGGUUGGCCCUGAGGGAGGAUAGUGCGGUGCCCACACCUUGCAAGCAGUUGUUCUGGAAUAUGUGCAAGAUGUGCCACUUCUUCUACUUCAGGGGCGACGCCUUCAGCUCGCCCAAGGAGAAGGCCGGCGUGGUGGAUGCGGUGAUCCACGACCCACUCCGAGUUCGGGGGAAUCUAUUGUUUGACCUGCCUUAUUCUCGAACUUGAAGUACGUCUUCAACACAAGA